AGUUUUUGAAGCCAAGAGCAUGAUUAUUCGAAGGUAUAUCUAUCCACCCACAACUAAUGUUGACACAUUUUGCUCUGAGAACAGCACUAAGCUUCCUGUUUUGCUGCAACAGCCUCUCCAAGAUUUUGCUAGCAGGAUUUAAACAGCCUUGGAUUACACAGGACCAGUCUGUCUGUGGAUCUGUCGAGAAGGCCACUUUGUCUUUUUGUGCGGCUCCUAGGUUGGAAUCACCAGCCACCGUGGGCACCUAUGGCAAGGUUUGCCAGAUAUUCCUCUUUCUUGAGGAGCAAUGUCUCUUAUUUUUAGAAUUGUUGCUGUCAUGGAACCAUUUAUCCCAGUGAAGUAAUUGCUGUGUAUUUAUCCAGGAACUAAGCAGGAACCCAGGGAGUGCAGGAAAGGAUACCAAAUCCUUGUUCCAGAACUUCCUGCUGUUUCUGAAGAGCCUGAAGAUUUAUGGGUUCUGCAUCUGCCUAAAAAGUAUGAAACAGCAGCUUUAAAACUGAGACACCUAGGACCAAUAAAGCCUGCAGACUUACUGUUCUUCAUGAUAAAGUAAAUUCAGCUUGGCUGCAAUUCUAAAACAGAUCUACCAACGUGCAAACCCUGCUGAAAAUGGUAGGACUUCUGAGGAAAGAUUCAUCAGACUGCACGGCAUACCCGUUAAAAAACAGUUGUAUGUGCACCUAUGUGCACAUGUGUAGAAUGUACUCUAAGUGAAGCCUGAGUACAGCUGAGUAGACCAAAUAAUUUAGCUUUCCGUUGUUGCAAAAAUAAUACAAUUACCUGACAUCUGUGAAGCAUUCUGGGCAAAGAAUCAAACUUUUGCUAAUGAAACCUGACAUUCAAGGCCCCUGUGCUUCUUCACACCACCAAGGAUGGGUGCCUAAUUCUUUCCAUAACUGUGGCUGCUCAGCAAAUAUAAAGAGACACUGUUUAUUUUAGACUCCUGGUUUUUAAUUUUGAACUGGCAACCAUCCUCAGACCUUAAUGAGCAUUAACAAUGGUCUUGAAGAAAAUGUGCCAAUUUGGAGGUCAUUUGUGCUUCAAAAGCCUCCAUUCCAACCCAGAUGUGUGGAAUUCAACCAGCCAUUCUUGACACAUGCCACCCACUGCUAUAUUUGGUAAGCUGCCUCUUGUGUAUAGGACUGACACAUCCCCCGGCACCCAAGGCCUCCUGAUUAGGCACAGCCUGAGGUGCCCAAGGAUUGUGAUGGCUUGAGUGCCUAGGACGACUCCGGCAAGGCAAACAGAGCUGACACCACCAACCGGCAGCUCUAUUUUUCCGGCUCUCUCCAGUGCAGAACUGGCUAGAAUCACUUUCCCAGACUUAAGUCUCUCUUUCAAUCAUGCGGUGAGAAGCGCUGGGAAAAGAUUUGAAAAGUUUUGCUUUCCCCCUUCCUUUUGUUCCUCAUCCUCCUCCCCUGGGCAGCAACAGUGCAGACUUGUUCAUGGACAGCAGGGGGGAAAGAAUCAAAUUUGAACAGAGCUUCUUACAAAGCUCAUAAAAGCCGAGUUCUUUCAUACAGCCUGAGACUCCUUGCUAGAUCAUUCAUUUUUUAAAAUAAUUGCAUAUGGUAAAAUGCCUCACAAUCGUCCCAAGAACUCGAGCCCAAUCCCAGAGGUGGCAUGGGACUCGGGACUAAAGGAAAUGAACAAGACCUGGAAAGGAGCAGUUGCCUGCCUUGGGGUGGCCGUCUUCUUUGUGAUGACCAUUGGGAUUAUAUACUGGCAAGUGGUGGAUCAGCCAAACAAGAACUGGAUCCUGAAAGGGAGAGCCAGCGGGCUCUUCUGGGAACGGAAAGCUCACUCCCUCAUCCUGCAGACUCUGAGUGAAGAGAAAACCUUGCUGGUAAUAAACAUGGGAAGCUUCCCAGAUGUGGAGGUGCCUUUUGUGAAGAACUUGUGCUCAUUGAACAAGUCAGAAUUCUGCUAUACCUGGGAGGCCAUGGCAGACCUGAAGAUCUCCCUGGAAGCAAGUCGUGCCUCCACCACUGAGUGCUACUACUUCAAUUGGACCCCUCUUCACUGCCAAGUGAAACUCAAGGAUUGCUUCUCCAUGGAGAACGUGUCCUGGUAUGGAGGGCCAAGUGUCAGCCACCAGUUCUGGCCCCUGAACCACGUGAGCACCAAGUCCCAGCCAUUCAUUAUUAGCAACCUCAGCCAAACCCCAGAUGGCUACGGAUCUGUCUUAGAAAGAUAUUUCUUGGGGUCCACAGGAGUGACAGUGAUGAGCGCCUCAGACAUACCCCUCUCCCUCUCCAUAGAGAGGGACCACCAAUUUUGCCUUGAGAGCACCCCUGGCGCUGACAUGGCAUUCCUGCAGUACACAGUAUGUGCCAGCAAGGGCAUCAUCUCUGCCCAUCUGGAAGUGGGAAGCCAAUUCUCAGGACAACCACGGAAGCUGCCUGAUAGUGGCCUUCUUCGGUUGACUGUCUGGAGGUAUUACGGAGAAGCAGAUUCUGCUGCCAAAAUGGAGCGAGGAUUAAGAGCUUUCUUCAGCAGGCUGCAAACACAUCGUCUCGGGGAGGGCCUAAUCAUGCUCAGUGAGCAUUCCACAAUGCUACUUCAUCACACGGAGCACACAUAUUUACCCCUGCUGAGAAGAAAAAGGCUGCAUACUGUAAAACUUGCCAUGGACUACUCACUUAUAAAGCCACUAAAACUUGCCAUCACUCUGUCCCCUUAUGCAAGUAUCAGCUCCCAGCUUUUCCAGAGGUCUCUGCAAGAAGGCAAAGAAGACUUCUGGCUGAGCCACCACUCAGAACCUGGUGACUAUGCGGUGCCACUGCUCAGCAGAUGGCGAGGGCAGCUCUCUGCUCGUUUAAAUGUAACCAGCCAGGCUGCAGUGCUCUGGUACAUGGACCAAGUGAACUUCCUGAAGCAGCGACUGGGGGCAGAGUAUGUGAUUUUUGAAGGUGGAGAAGGCAACUUGUUUCUGGAACAUGCAAUUCCUCCUCCCACUGAACUCAAAGAGGAUAACUACAUCUGCAUUUUAGCCUUGAUAGCGGUUACACUUGGAAAUUCAUCAGUAAUUAGUGCUGGCACAAGAGCUAGCCACCUGCCGCUCUUUCUCCAAAUGAGCCCACGGCAAUCUGACUGGAGCUAUGCUGGUUUAAAGGGGAUUAUUCCAUCUGCACUUCACUACAGUCUUCUGGGAUACAACUUUUUUAUUCCAGAUGCAAUAGGGGGAACUCUUGCAACUGGUGUUCUGUCUGAUGAAGAGCUAUAUGUUAGAUGGCUCCAGAUAGUGGCUUUCCUUCCAGUGAUGUCCUUCAGCACUCCACCGUGGGUCUGUUGUGAUGACUGGGUGCUGAAUCUCACCAGACAUUACAUUGAGUGGCAUCAGAAUUUUGUGGUUCCUCUCAUUGAAAAAUAUAGCAAGGAGUGGCUCUCCCAGGGGUAUCCUAUUUUUCGACCCUUAUGGUGGCUCUGUCCCACCAACCCCAUUGCCUUUGCCAUUGAUGAUGAAUUUCUCAUUGGAGAUGAGGUACUUGUGGCUCCAAUAACAGAACGAGGACAGCGUCAGAGAGACAUCUAUCUGCCCAGGGAGGGUCAAAAGUGGAUGGACACCAGCACUGCUCGGGUGUACAAUGGAGGGACCUUUGUCAAGAACUACUCUGUUGCUCUCGCGGAUGUGCCUGUUUUCAUUAGGACCUCCUAGAUGGCAGAUGACCCAAGAUUUCAGAAAGCUUAUAGAACUUCAGAGACACUUUAAAGGAAGCGCUCUCUUCCUUUAAAAAGGAAUUGUAAAUGAGGUGCACUUUUACACAAACAAUAUAUACUAAAACAAACAACUAUAAAAAGUGCUUAAAAAAUCCAUGUCCUAGUUUUCAAAACCAGUAAACCCCUCCAGAUGUUUCUGUCGGAA